AGUCACUGUCAAGACUGUCAAAUUACGAAUUGAUUUAUUUUCAAAGUUGGUGAUUUCUUUUGAAGUAAUGAGAUUUAGAUUAUAACUAGCCUAGGAAAUUGAUAUCCAAAGAUCGGUCUAAUGGAAUUCAUAGAGCUUAUUCUUAUCAACAAACUAGACGGAGUUAUACUAAAAUACCCUCACCAUGAUAACGUUGAUGGAACAGUCUGUAUAACUGGACAUCACCUAAUUUUAAGCUCUAGAAAAGAAGGCGUUCGUGAGUUAUGGCUUCUACACAAGAAUAUAGAUAGUAUAGAGAAAAAAGAGACUAAAGUGGGUGGAGGUAUAAUACAGGGUGGAUCUCUCUUUCUAAAAUGUAAGGAUCUUCGAAUAUUCCAACUGGACAUCUGUAGCACAACAGAAUUGAACCUUGUGGCGCAAACCCUGGAGAACUUGUCUAGUAUACAGGACCCAAUUCUCUUUUAUCCAUUCUUUUAUAGACAUAUGCACCCCAUCAUGGAAAAUGGGUAUACAUUAUACAGUGUUGAAGGAGAAUUCACGAAAGUGUUAGCCACAGAGGAAUGGAGGAUAUCACGUGUGAACCAACACUAUACAGUGUGUCCUGCUUACCCCAAGGGUGUCGUCGUGCCUAAAGUAAUUGAUGAUGAAACAUUGGCUGCUGCUGCAACAUUCAGACAAGGUGGCAGGUUUCCUGUACUCUCCUAUAGACAUAAUAACGGUGCAGUGUUAUUAAGAGCUGGACAGCCACUGUACGGACCUAAACAUCGUCGCUGUCGGCCUGACGAGGCGAUAUUAAAUACAGUAGUGAGUGCCGGUAUGAAAGGCAUUAUAUACGACCUAAGAAGCUCCAAUGCGAUACUACAGCAGCAAAAUAAAGGAGGAGGGAGCGAAAGUGCCGCAAACUAUUCGCAAUGGAAAAUAUAUAAUAGAUCUAUGGACGAGGUGGAUAAUCAGCAGCAAUUAUUGGAGAGCUUUUCCAAACUUAUCGAAGCAUGCGUAGAUCGGGAGAUAUCGAGUGACAAGUGGUUAUCGAAACUAGAGUCCAGUGGGUGGCCGGAGGCUGUGAGAAAUUCGCUGCACACUGCCUGUAUAAUUGCUCAGCAUAUACACCAGAAAGCCGAACCUGUCUUAAUACACGGAACGCGGGGCGAAGACGCAACAUUAUUAGUCUGCUCAUUAGUUCAAAUUAUUCUGAAUCCAGACUGCCGGACUAUACGGGGGUUACAAGCUCUUAUAGAGCGGGAUUGGCUUCAAGCGGGCCAUCCAUUCGGAACACGGCUUAGAUCAGGUCCGUACUCAGCAUCCCAGGCCAGAUCGGCACCAACGUUCCCCCUGUUUUUGGACUGCGUGAGACAAUUCUUGGAGCAAUUCCCCUGCAGUUUCGAAUAUCGACAGUGCUUCCUUGUCACCCUGUUUGAACACGCAUAUUCUAGUCAAUUUGGAACAUUCCUCUGUGAUAGUGACCAAGAGCGAGAAACACGUGGCGUCUACGACCAAACCACAAGUAUUUGGUCUUGGAUAAACCAGCACGAUGAAUUGACGACAUACAUCAACCCUCUGUACGAUCCAACGCCCAAUGUUAUAUGGCCGUCUGUUGCACCUAUGAGCUAUGUCAUUUGGGAAGAACUGUACCUCCGCUGGCUAGCCGACCAACGCACGGAAGAACGCGAAGAGCAAUACAAAAUCAUACGCACGCGCGAGCAACACUUGCGCGCUCAAGCUCUACAGCUACGAAGGGAGUUGCUUGACCUAGCGAACCAGUACUACGCGCCAAGUAACAAAUAAAAAAGUGGUUAGUUUAUAUGACAGGAGUCCUUGAAUAACUAAAUGGUUCUUACCAUCUAAAUUACUGUAAAAUUCGAAAAGUAACGUUCCAAUUUUCUAAAUUAUUAUACGGUAUUUCAUCGUAAAUCUUUGAUCUACUUCAGGGCAUGGAAACCGCUUAAUAACUGGCUGAAGUACAUUAUUAAAACCAAUAUAUCGAUUUCGUUCGCAAUUAAUUCUCUUUAACAGGCAUUUAAUGAGCGGUAACUAGUUUGAGCGUUGACUGGGUUCAUUGACCGUAGCUGUUCUAUUUUGCAUUUAUCAGACCCUCCACCACGUUCGAGCGCGCGGGCGUUGAUCCAAUGUACAUCAGUUAGUCAGGACAUUAGUUUUCUAGUUUAAAAAAAAAGUAAAAUACUUUUUGGUACAUGUACGUUCUCAAACAACGUUAUGGGUUCUUCUUCUACCAAGGAUUUGAUAGUUCGCUAGAUAGUCAUAUUUGUGGGACACCCAUCUUAUCCAUCCCUUAAUCAAUCGCUCACAUGCCUCGCUAAACCGUGUCUAUUAAAUACUAAAAUGUUUAUCUUCAUUGCACCCUUUUUCACCAAAACUAAGCUGAAAAAUAAUCGGUCCUAUUUAGGGAUUUCCUAAACAUUCUGACGCAUCUGAUAGAAGGGCAAAUUAAUUUAUCCAUUAAGUAUAGAGAAUAUUCCUGAAAAACUUCGAAUAAUUUUACAUUUUUAGAAAAAUCAGGGAAUCGGGUACUUAUUCAGUUAGAGACCAAGACAGGUCUCGAAACAGUGCCAUCCUUAUCUCGCUUACCGGUUUAAAUGGCCGGGAUUCGAGAGUCGGGAGUUUUGUAUAACUGAAGUAGCAUCAUUGUAUAUGGUUAUUUUAUAUAUCUAAAUUAAAAAUGGUCUCAAAUUGUAUAUAUAAGAGCUCCCAAAACGACAUUUAUUUCGAGGCCUUUAAUAACAUAAAUCUCGUAAUUCUUAUGAUUAUAUAAUAUGUAUAUUUUAAUCGGAUUUGUAUAUGAGAUAAAUAACUUAUUUUUUUUUAUUUGGACGUUAAUAAAUCGGAUCCAAAUCACACUAAGCUUCUUUGAGAUAUUUCAUCUCAGUUUAACUAUUGAUAUGAUGAAUGAAUGAACGUCAACACUUUUACUGAAUGCAAUACACAGAAAAUCAAUCACAGAUCGGCGUAAAAAAAUUGGCGACGUCGGUUAUUAUAUUAUCCUUCUAUUACAACUUAUUACUACCUUCUGUCAUCAAAUAUAUCAAAAGCGUAACGUCUUGAUAUAUUAGAUGACAGAAGGUAUUGAGUGCAAAUGAGAAUACAAACACAAUUAUAAUAUCUCUAUCAGAUA